AUGGCACAUCGCAUUCCGACAAUAAUCAAUGGGAAGGCGUCCAUCGUUAGCAUUCCAUCGGUUACAAAACCUAGUCGUAAGACCUUUGGGUUGACCAAACCUCUCAAUGUGGCGCUUCCAACUCCAGCGGACCUUCAAAAGUCCGACGAAUUAUACGAAACGUUGAGGUCACGCAAUUCGAUGGAGAAUUAUGCAGAGCUGAGCCAUCGUGAGACAGUGCUGGCUAAAAUUGACGCACUGGUUGAGCAGUGGGUGCACGACUUGUCGAUUUCGAGAGGUAUGGCUUCUGACCAAGCGAGGAAUCUUGGGGGACGAAUAUACCCCUUUGGUUCGUAUCGACUGGGUGUUCACGAUAAGGGUUCCGAUAUGGACUUACUGUGUGUCGUUCCACGCAACAUUGCCCGUACAGACUUCUUCAGUUCUUUUCUGCAUCUUCUCAAAACACACCCGGAGGCAACUAGUUGUCUAACAGUGCAAGAAGCUUAUGUGCCUGUAAUAAAAACAAAGUUUGACGGGUUGGAUAUAGACCUACUGUUCGCGCGCUUGGCUCUUGCGCGAAUUCCCCGUGAUCUCAACCUACGCGAAGGGAUGCAGCUCAAAAAUUUGGAUGAACAAUCAGUGCGAAGUGUGAAUGGCUACAAGAUAAACGAGGAGUUGUUGGAUCUUGUGCCCAACGUCGAAACCUUCCAACUGGCUCUACGAGCUAUCAAACUGUGGGCAAAACCUAACGGAGUCUACUCAAAUAUACUAGGGUAUUUCGGAGGAGUAUCCUGUGCUAUACUCGUGGCAAGGGUCUGCCAAUUAUAUCCCAAUGCGGCUGCAGCUACAAUCGUGAAUAAAUUCUUUCUAAUAUACUCCAACUGGAACUGGCCCCAGCCAGUCCUGCUGAACAAACCCGACGAUCUCAAACUCGGGUUUCCGGAAUGGAACUCCAAUCCACGUGCUGGACAACAUUUAAUGCCAAUCAUCACUCCAGUCUAUCCACAACAGAACUCCGUAUACAAUGUGUCUCAAUCGACAAUCACAAUUAUCAGAGAGGCGCUCAUGCAAGGGUUCAAGGUAACCGAGAAUAUCAUGGUAGACAAGGCUAGCUGGAGUGAUCUGUUCAGAGGCCCUAGCUUUUUCAUGAAAUAUCAGCACUUUUUGGUGGUGAUGGCGAGUUCGACGAACCCCAGCGACCAACUGAUGUGGUGCGGACUCGUGCAAUCCAGACUCGUGCAAUGGCGUUUUAGAAGACAUUUUAAACAAAGUAUUUGGUAUGCUUCAAACCUUUCCAUAUAA